CCAAAAUGUCUCAACAAAAGAAAUGAAUCCUCUCUAUAUCAAGAUCUCCUAAUCUUCUGUAUCGAUCAUUGUGGUUUUUCACAGUUGUCGAGUAUUUUAUUGCAUUAAGACCGAGUUCUCUAACCAGAUUUAAUUAACUGAAACGAAAAACGCAGUUGAAGUUGAGAGAUGCGCAAUGCGCAUGUGCUGUAGAAACUUGUUAAAAAUUCUGCAGGUUGUAAACAAAAUAGUCGAGGAAUUCCAAACAUACACAAGUCAAAACUGUUAAUAAUUUCAGCGGAAUAUACGAAGCGAAAAAUGCCUAUGAGUUGUGGUCUUCGUUGCUUUCUGAGUUAUAGAGAAGCAGGAAGAUUGCAAGCACAGUAUAUAAAGUAUAAACGAAAUGAGUUAGACUUAUUUUUAUAAGUCAAGCAUUUAAAUGGUCUUGGUAUGGAUGUCAAAGAGUUAUUUCGCUGUUGCAGAACGGGCGACAUUGAAAAGUUAAGGUAUCUGAUUGAUGUUAAAGACGUUGAAGUGAAUGCCAGAGAUAAUUGGGACAGUACUCCAUUAUAUUAUGCAUGUUUGUGUGGACAUGAAGACAUGGUUGAACUUCUCUUAAAGAAUGGUUCUCGUUGUGAGGCAAACACAUUUGAUGGUGAACGAUGUCUUUAUGGGGCCCUAACUGACAACAUCAGAAGAAUCUUACAACGGUAUAACGCUAUCAAUUCCAAUUGCAUGAGGCGAGAGUCUUACGACGAGUUUUUACGAAGAGCAUUUGAACAAGGAACAUUUGGGGACAUAUUCUUCGUGGUUGGUGGGGAAACAAUUCCAGCGCAUCGCGUCAUUUUAGCAGCCAGGUCCACAUAUUUUGCAGAAAUGCUUCAGACUAAAUGGCAAGAAAAAAUGGUGUUUUUUCCAACAAUGGCGGAGUUCAACCCACAGCAAUUUCGAAACAUGUUAAAAUACUUGUAUACAGGAAAACUGGAUGUUCCUUUUGAGGAGUGUGAAUCCUAUUUCAACCUUGCUCGACAGUUUCACUUCUGGCAAUUAAUGCAGCUGAUCAAAUCAAGGUUGGAAAAGGCGAAGACUUUUCAUGCGUCAAAGCGUGGUUUUGUACGAGUAACGAUGAUAAGUAUUGAUCCAGCGAUGGAAGAGAAAAGUCUAAAAGACGAUUUUACCAAACUUACUGAAGUUGCGUUACCAGAACCUUUUAGAUCACAGCAACUUCCAGAAGUGUCGAUGUGUAUCUCACAACUAUUGGGUGAUGUUGAUUAUGAAUUUCAAAACUUACAAAAUUUCUUAUCAUUUUCUGAUGUUUGUUUCGACGUUCAGAAUUAUGAGUUUUACUGCAACAAGGUAUUUUUCUGUCAUCGUAGCGAUUAUUUUAAAGCAUUGUUUGAGUUCUCGGAAACUGCUGCCAGUAAUCAGGAUCUCCAAGAGGAUGACUGUCGAAUCACUAUCAAUGACGUCACACCAGACGUAUUUUCGAUUGUCGUUACUUACUUGUACAUUGAUGAAGCUGAGAUUCCUUGUAAUUUCGAUGACAUUUAUAAUGUGAUUUGUGCAGCGGAGAUGUACUUGUUGAAAGGUCUCAAACGACUUUGUGCAAAGGCAAUGAUUAAAAUACUUGAUGUAAGUAAUGUUGUCGAGGUUGUUCGUAUCAGCAGAACGUUCUCCGUGCCAAGAUUGGAAAGUGAAUGUUGCCGAUUUAUUGCUGAAUAUGUAGACGAGAUGAAAGACGACCCAGGAUUGAUUGAGUUGAUUGUGGAAGACGCUCAAAGCAUAAAAGAAAGACAAGAAACAGAUUCCAUUCCUCUAGUGGAUGACAUCCGAUCUCAUCUCUAUAACUCAUUGCUUCCAAACAAUUUUUGGACACAGAACUCUUCGUCUGAGUGCAGACUUGAAAUUCUGGAGAAUUUGUUGAAAAGUAUCGGCCUUGAUUGUUAGGUAUUUCGGUUAUUAGAGGAUGUAUAUUUUGAUUUAGUAGUAUCUAGAACGCAUUUCCCAUGCUUUCCCUUAUUACAGGUCUAAAAUGUUUUGUUGCGAUUACUUUAUUCUAGAGGUAUGUUUUUUGGUAAGAACUCAUUUUAAUAGUCUCAGUCCCAUAUUCAAAUGACUUGUUCUGCGUCGGAUGAAAUUUCAGUUGAGUAUACAAACUGAUGCGCUAGUAUUAAAAUUAGCUUGAAGAUUAGGAUGCGCAGUUCUGUAACCAAGUUUUACGACGUCGAACCAAACUAAUUGAUUCGCCAUCCGUACAAAGCAAGUUAAUUGAUGUUUCCUCACUUAGAUAUUUGGAUCCGGUGUAUUUAGGUUAUGUUAAUACUUUGUAGCUUGAAUUAAAUAAUCCCAAUGAAUGUACGCAUUUAUACAUAGAAACAGUGGCUGCGCUAGGAAAGCCCGGGAAGGGGGAGCCAAGGGGGCAGGGGGUUCCCCCUAAUUUUGUUGUCUGCCCCCUUUUUCAAAACUGUUACGAAAAAAUGUUAAGAAAGUUGUUUAUAGUUUCAUGCGAUGUUCGUUUCACUGAUUUUAGUAUUCCAGCCCAUCUAUGCGUAUAAGUCCCCCCAAACAUCUUUUGACACUGGAUGACCCCUCUCCCCAUUCAAUUAAACCUGGCGGCGCCACUGUGUAGAUAUAAUUGGCUUUUUGAUCGUAUUUAAAAUACGCCAAAACUCCAAAGGCGAAGGCCUAGAAGUUUCUUGCUUUCUUAUUUGUUUUUGUAUGGUAACUUAAUAUAAUGGUGUAACCUACCUUAGGUACGUAGAUAACUAAUAUAUUAUAUUUAAUCACAGGUAUUUAACAUUAAAAGUGAUAAAUCAUUUUUA